AUGAACAGAGGACGGAAGAAGAAGAAGAAGAAGAAGAAGAAGAAGAAGAUUCUUUUCCCUUUCCUUUCUGCAAUUGCUGCUACAUCUUCUCCAUCAUCGACUUCAUCUCCUCCAGUUGGGGCUCCUCCCCUUGUUGCUGCUUAUAACACUACAUUGCCAAGUGAGGUUUCAUCUUCUUCAUCUACACCUCAAGAUGUUGUGCUCCCAUCUUCCACUGUGUUUUCUCUUCGAGAUUUGGGCUCUGUACGUUAUUUUCUUGGUGUUGAACUUCACAGAUCAUCCACUGGUUUUAAUCUCUCUCAGCAUAAGUAUAUUGAUGAUCUUCUGCAUCGAGCACAACUUCAUGAUUCCAAACCCCUCUCCACACCCUUGUCUGCCUCCACUCGGCUCACCAAAUCGGAAGGGGAACCUCUCGUUGAUCCAACUUUCUUUCGUAGUAUUAUUGGUGCUCUCCAGUACAUAACUAUUACAUGUCCAGAAAUUGCCUUUGCUGUGAAUAAAGUUUGUCAGUUCAUGCAAAUCCCUACUACUAUUCACUGGGCUGCUACAAAGAGGAUUCUUCGAUACCUCAAAGGGACGAUCACGUAUGGUUUGCUUCUUCAACCAUGCCAUACAUUCUCUCUUGUUGCUUACUCUAAUGCUGAUUGGGGUAGCGGUCUCAUGGAUCGUUGCUCUCAAAGUGGUUAUUGUAUGUUUCUUGGUUCUAAUUUAAUUUCUUGGAGCUCCAAAAAGCAACCCACGAUGGCUUGCUCCAGUACUGAGUCAAAAUAUCGCAGCUUAGCCUCCGUGGCUACUGAGGUUUCUUGGCUUCAUAUGCUCCUCCAAGAACUGGGUAUCUCUAUCUCUACCACUCCUUUGAUAUGGUGUGACAACAUGGGAAAUAAAUUUCUUGCUAAUAAUCCUGCACUUCAUUCUCGUUCUAAACACAUCGAGUUCGAUAUUCACUUCAUAGGGAAAAGGUUGUAA